AUGGGACCUGGAAAGCUAGUUUGUUUAAUGAUACUAGCAUUUGGUCUUCUUGGUUUUCUAUUCAUAAUAAGUGUUGUGUUAGCCCUUAUUCCAUUAUAUAUUGCAAAGCACUCAGGAACCCCGCUAACAGGCUCUGCAAGUAAUUCACUCACUGACUGUCAAACAUUAACAGCGAAAUUCAACACAACCUGUUCAAGUGGACCAGUUACUAACAUAAAAGCAACAACUGGCACAAAUGUGACUUGUCUAGGGUUAACCGGCACAUCUAAUUCGACGGUCAAAAUUCGAGUACAAUCAAACGGACUGCCACUAUUUUGCCCAAAUAUUCCAAUGUUAGAUACGUUCAGUGAACAGAACAUUGAUUUUGAGGUUAACUUUAAUCCUGCUGUCAGCGUCAAUUCACCAAUCUUUAAACCACCGACACAGAGCGCACUCGACAGUAUAUUGUGCAAUAUUUCAAGUGAAAUGGCUCCGCCAUCAUCCUCUGGUUACUUUUUAUAUUCCACACCAGCGUCUGGUGGUACUUUAGCUGGUAUAUCUGUGGAUGGUGUUUCAAUUUUCAAUGUGAAUAGUGCGAAUAAUCAAGAUCCGUUUUACCCAUCAACAGCCGGCCCUGAAAGCGUUGAUCAGUGUCUAGCACACUGUAAUCCAACUGGUGCUGUAUACCAUUAUCAUAUUGCAUCGGGAUGUGCUCUUAAUCCACCAUCAGGCAAUAUUACAUCAUGUUCAGCAAAUACUUCAUGCAGUUCCAGUAUAGCAGCAUACAGUAUAAGUACAUUCACGAAUUACAAACAACUGACAGUUAUUGGUAUAGCAAAAGAUGGACAUAUUAUUUACGGGCCGUACAACUCAGACGGAACAAAAGUAACUAAAGGUUUUGACAUAUGUAAUGGAAUGUUUUACGAUAAAAUUGGUAAUUAUGGGUACUUUGCGACACAAACAUUUCCGUACAUAACAGGAUGUUUUGGACCUGGUAAUUACCCCACCAUCACUCCUAGUUGUACAACAAAUCCGGCAUCAGCUUAUACAAGAUCAUAUUACGCAAGACUAUUCACAACUGGAUGA